AUGGCAGACUUAAGAGGACACCCUGGACAUUCGAGUAUGUGGUCAAGCUAUGGAGGCUCAGUACACAUGCCUGGGCGCGUGGCGGACCCCAUGCCGUCAACUUCAUCACCUCUACCCGGAAGAACUGGCAGUAACCAUAACGAGAUGGAGCAACACUCUUACCCCUACAGUCGAUAUCCCCAGGACGACCAAGAAGCAUACGACAGACCUACACACCCAGAAAUCGUCUCUCACCAUGGCUACCCUACGCUCAAGAGAUCCUUUUCUGAAGCAGAGCCGCCUGCCUACCAGGAGAUUGUCCAGGACCUUCGCGACGACAGCUCUAAGAUGACGGCCAGCCACGAGCACAAGUUACUGGCCUUCAAGAGAACGCAGGAUAAGCACACGAUUGUCGACCAACAAGGUCGCAUGCAGCAACUUGAACUAUCAGCUCAGCUGCAUGGGAUGUUCUUCCUUUCCGAGAUGCCUGCGAACACAUCAGAUGGUUCACUUAGGCAGCCUGAACUAACCUGCUACCGAAGGAAUCUAUUCCAGAUCAGCGGUACUCUUGUCACUCCACGUGGUCAACUUUCCGUGAUUACAGAAUCAGGAGAGACCGUUGCAGUCAGCAACAUGGAAGUCACCAUCUCUGCCAUCGAGUCGGUCGAUGGCAACCCUGUGCGAUUGAUCGUUAUCCCAUGGAAGACCCCUCCACCGAACUCUCCGGAGACAAACCAGAGCCCAGACCAGGAACCACAAUCGUUACCCCUGAUUCCUUUCCAAGACGACGGAACUGAAUCGGAUGGCGAGUAUGCUGUGUACCCAAUUGGCUGGCGUCGAUUGCAAUUCAGAAUUGCAACCGCAAACAACGGCCGCCGAAAGGAGCUUCAGCAACACUUUGUGCUGCAUCUGAAGGUGGUAGGAACACUGGCCAACGGUAACAAGACCGUUCUUACAGAAUCAACAACGGCCCCUAUUGUUGUGCGAGGUCGAAGCCCUCGCAACUUCCAGGCCCGGAAGGAAAUCCCCCUGCUCGGAUCGAGUGCUGGCUCCCGUGGACAAGCCCUUGUAGAGACAGGGUUGGGUGUUGUGGCCGGACCUUUGAGCGCAAAGCAUCAAGAAACAAAGCCAAGAGGCGUUGAUGCCCAGCUUCCACGGACUGCCUUUACUUUCAAUGCGCCUAAGAUCCCUGGUACCCAGUUGGGCCCAAUACGAUCCAACUCGUAUCCAACUUGGGGGACCCCCCCUACUCAGGUGCCAAUAGGCCAUGUUCCAACAUCUGGCGCAGAGAACUACCCUUCAGCAACGAUGGGUCCUUUGGCAGGUACUGCCAGUUUCCCGGCCGAAUCACAAGGAAUGCCUAUUCAAUCAUCAAUGGAACCUCCAGUGCCCCUUUCCAUGGUGACCAAUGAUUCGGAGCAUCCGCCGGUUCGGUCACAAUACACCUAUAUGCAGACGACAACUGCCCCUCCGCAACUUUCGAUACAAACAACUCCGCUUGGCGGCCAUGAGCAGGCAAUGAACAUCCCUCGUUACGUCGAUAACCCGAGACCGUUGAAAAGUCCCCGACACAUGAGCCAUCCUUCGAUAAGGAGUGCAGGUUCAGUAGCGAAUAACGAAGCUUCUCCGGAAUAUCGAUACACACCUUAUGCUCCUGUUCACCCGAGUCCUAGCGAGGUAGCGCAGCCAAGCUACAGUUCAGAAACAUCUGGCCCACCUUCGGUCCCUGCCAGGGACUACUAUGCGCCCCCGCAUACCUGGACAUCGGCAGCUGGGGAGCACAACACGAAUCUGGCGUAUGCCAACAACGAAACACGACCAUACCCCUUUCCUCAGGACGAGUACAAGAACACAACGGCUGGAACGUCCCCAACAAAGGCAGAGUCGAGCCAACCGCAGCCUACAUCAGUUUAUAAUGGGGCUCCGCGAGGGUCCUUUGAUGCCAUGCAUCAAUAUUCUUGGAAUGGCAAUUAG